CUGGUCAAUAUUGCGGUGAGUUUUUGUUUCGUUGACAAAACUGGUUGGCCACAGAAUCAGGGUCGCCUGUAUCUGUAGCCAGAAGAUUUUCGAAGUGAAGAAAUCAUGAAAGUAUGAAAAUACAACGGAAUUAGAUGUUCACGGCCAAAUUGUUUUUGAUUGAAGCAUUUGAAACACAACUUCAAAUGAAAAUGCAAGACAAUGGUGACAAAUUUAUUUAUAUAUGUCUACUGGAGGUUGUGUUUCUUUAGAGAGUCUUGAAAAUACUUACUCUUCGAGCGCUCAAAAAUGCAAAGAAAAUUAACAUAUUUCCAUUUUCUACUUUUUUUUAAACUCAAAAAUUCUAAUUGUUAAAAAAUUUUUUGUAAAAUUGGAUAAGAUCAUAAUUUAGAAAAUGAAAUGAUUAAUAAUUUCAGAUUCGAAAUGAUACAUUGGCUAUGGUUUAUACUUGGGUUAAAGAUGAAAAAAAUGCCAAGUAUUUUCCUUUUCAAAAAAUCUUCAAAAAGAAAAUCAUGCGUAAGUGAAAAAAGCCCAUUUUUGAAGAAAUACCCUAUUUUUACUUUCAGAGUCUAUCGAAAAAGGACUCCCAGCUGAUUUGAUCAACCGCGAACGAAUGAUCACAUCCGCUGCAGGAAUUUGUAUCGCAUCCAUGACGCGAUCAUUGUGAGUUUGUUUUCAAAUAAAUAAUUAUUUUAAAAAUUCACUAAUGAAUGAAAUUCGUCUCAUAAAAAUUCGAAAUUUCGCAUUUGUAUUCAUGCGAUGUCCGAAAUAAAAAUAAAAAUAUUUCAAAUAAAACUUUAAAAAAAACUCAAAGGUUUUUUGUAAGUUUUAUUUGAAAAAUUUUUAGACGUGGAUUAUAGUUUUCAACAUGAAAAUAAAAAAAAGGUGGAGGGGGAUUGUAGAAUUUUAAUCAUAAAUACUUCUAAAAUAAAAUUCCGACUCCCCCUUAUCACAAAAAAUACACCGUGUUGAUGAAUCGUGACAUAUUCAACUAUUUCAGCGAUAAUCUGAGAAAUAGACAAACCGAAGAAAAGUUGGACACCGCAAUGUAUGAGGCUGCUAAGAAAAUUGCCGCGAAAAACCGAAAAUCUUAA